AGAAGGAGAACAACAGCGAAACAUUUCUUUGGUGACACCGAUACAGAGGAGGACUACCGACCCCCAAAGAUUUCCAAAUUCGGGUCAUCUGCUGGGACAAGUCACCAACUCCCUGCAAAUAGUCCAGAGCUCUGUCAAAUGUUUGGCAGAACUGCCCCUCCCCAACCACUACCACCACUACCACCACAACACUCCUCUCUCAACCUGCACAUUGCAACCAGCAACAAUGGGGGCCAGAGGAGCCAGACCUACCUGGAGAGGUGGGAGACAUGGCCCAGAAACCAUUCCCUGCUCUGCUGCUCAGGUCCACAUUUUAAGCCUGCUGGAGCACAUUAAGCAGCAGCAGGACCAGCUGGUGGCCAAGGUCAAUCACCUGAGCAGCAGGGUGCUCAACACCUCAACACCUCAAGAGCCAGAGUGUCCUGAAUGCAUUCAGCUGCCCAUCGAAUCACUGGGAGCGGUGGAUGAGCUUGAAGCAUUCCUGAAAGACGCUGCCAAUGCAGCAGCCAAACAAAGAAUGAUUUCUUCUUUGGCCACGAUUGGUGGCCAAGAUGUGAAGAGAGUGGCGUGGAACAUCCUCUCUCGGAUGUUCACAGAAGAAGUGGCCAAGACCAUAAGCUGGAAGGGAGCAAAUGGCAAGAGGGCAUUCAGUCACAUGUCAUCAAAGACACUAAUGUACCGUGCUGUACGUGCAAAUAGUUUGUGUCGCACAGCCACAGACACAGACAUUCAACGUUAUGCCAUAAGAUGGUUUAACUUGGCUGCAGACCGUGGUGCGGCAAGGAGGCGCCUGACCAACCGGUCUAACCAGGCUGAGGCAGAUGAUUAGGCUACUUAUGGUCAUGUUUUCUUUUGUUAAAUAAAAUGUUUUAUUUGUUUCAAAUUGUUUCAGUUUUAAUUUAAAUAGUCUGUCGCAGGCUACAUGUUGUUUUCCAAUUCAGAGACCAUGCCCUUUACAAAUUCCAUUGGCCUGGAGCCCAGUGUGUUUAAACCCCACCACGAUCAACUGCAAGAUAGAAUACAACCAACUUACUGCUCCUUUUCAAUAAUCCGACUUGCAUUCCAAUACAAAAAAAAAAAAAAACGUAUGUUUGCUACUUAUGUCUCAUGUCAACUGUAAAUGGUUACAUACAACUUAACAGAUAUAAAACACAUUCCCAUUUCCCAGAAUUUCAUUAUAAUCAGAAAACAUCUCCUCUUGUAGUACUUACAACU